AUGCCCGCGCCGGAUGGACUGUCCAAGCCAGAAAGGAGCGAGCCCUACUGGCCACCCAGCAUUGGGCCCACAUCCAGCCGUCUUGGCGUGUCGGCCGAGGCCUUCCAUGACCCUCACAAAGCAUCAUCCCUUCGGGCGACUGUUGGAGAACAGCUCUGCAUACCCCCAUCGUCCGCAGCGGCCCGCCCCUCGAAGAGACAAACCAUGUUCAUGGAGCCCUUCACAGCCAGCGGCAACCCCACACACGCCGCCGAGCCUCGCCAGCCUUCCCCGUCGCCCCCAAACCUUGUCGCUUCUGCCCACAAGCCCACGCCCCUCGAGCUUGACGAUGACAAUCGCCCCCGCGCCAGCGCCAGCGAGAUCGGCAUGUUCGGCGACUUCUGUCUCAUGUGCGGCGAGAUGAUCGACGGCCAGGGCCCCGCCGGCAGCGUCUACUGCUCCGCGGAGUGCGAAUACCACCAGCACAUCACGUCCGAGUACGACUGGUGCGACCUGAGUCUGGAAGGGUACCAGCUGCCCAGCUACGGCUGCUCGACGACGGCGUCGCUGCUCGGCGCCAAGGCCGUCGCUAAGCGAUACCUCGAGCACCGGCCCCACGACCAGCAAGCCAACGCCGACCUUGACGCCGACGCCGAGGUCAAGCAGGAGCAGGGAGAGGAAGACGGGAGCUGGCGCUCCUCCCUCGCUUCCACCCUCUCCCCCGCCCACAAACACCCCGUCGCUGCAACUGGCGCACACCUCAAGGCCCGCCCCGCCCUCGCCCAGCUCUCCGACCUCCAAGACUUCUGGCUCCCCGCAAGCCAAGCGCCCAUGCCCCAGCGCUCUUCUCCUCCCUCCCCGCUCGACCGCGAACACGACUCGCCCGCCGCCACCCUGUCGCGCUCGGCCUCGCGCCGCCGCGUCUCCGAGCCGCUCUCCAACCCGGCCCUCGCCCCCGUCCGCACCCGGCCGCCGCUGUGCCACUCGUCCUUCUCCCUCACAUCGCUCUCCUCGCUCUCGCCCUCCCGUCUCGCCUGA